AUGGGAGGCAUAAAGCGUAUCCGUUAUACACCAAUUGUACGUUUUACUUUUGGUGGUUUGUAUUUUGAACGAGUGGCUGUGAAAGAAAUCGAUUGGUGCAGCACCAAAGCCGGGUUAUCUUCGAUAUAUGUUGAACCUUUGGGUCAGUACCGUACCGAAGAUACACCGGAAUCCUUGGCAUUGUUGGAAACGUCACCAUAUACCAAUAUGCGUUCCUUCAUAGACAAAUCACUGUUCGAUGAACAGUGUAUGAUUGCAGAUCGUGGCUGGGGUGUCACAAAUUAUGAUGACUAUGUUACACGCAUCACAGAUGACUAUCUGAUCUUUCGUAGCCCUGUAUUUGCUUUAGAUAUUAUAACAUAUCGCUCGCCAACAGGAUAUUGUGAAUCUAAAGAUGCCAAUAUUACCACAAAUAUUAGCGGAAAGAAAAUCCCUGAUAUACACAAGCAAUGUCGUCUCUUAUCCUCGGGCAUUACAUUUCGUUUGAAUGAAACAUUUAUGCAGAGAAAAUCGAAAUACAUGAUACAAGUACAACAGCCAAAUCAAAGGCUAUAGCAACAUACCAUCAAGAUUUGGCUACGGCAGGAAAUGAACCUUCAGAAACGCAUAUUGGUGGUG